AUGAAAUUUGCGAACGAGAAUAUCAUCAAAGCUCUGGCUUCUGUGGGCCCAUUCAUGAAAGAAGGCAGACUGUUCCACAGAAAAAAUCUGAAAAAAUCGUUCAAAUCUAGAUGGUUCAAAUUAAAAUCCAACUUACUUUACUACUACCGAACUAAUGAGUUUGGUAAUAUUGGAGAUGAUGAACCACUGGGCGUGUUAGUGUUGGCCUCCUGCACCGUCAAAAUGGAUUUCCUACCAAAUGCACCGUUCGUUUUUUCCAUCUUGUUCAACAUUUCCAACGAACGUCAUUACUUCUGUGGGGUAGAUACCGAUCAGUGUGUUGAAUGGAUCGACGUUCUUCAGUGUGCUUCCUACAGUACUCUUCAGGAGCAAUAUGAAAGUUUAAAGAAGGAAAUAUUGCUAAGGACAUCUCAAGAUGAAAUCCAUCACACACCAAAAAACGCCAUCUUCCAUAGGAGGAUUGGGAAAUCAUUUAAUGGUCUGCCCAAAAGGUAUGAAAAAAGAUUUCAAAGUGUAGAUAAAUUGAAAACUCCUCGAGAUCGAUCGUUGGACCAGAUGAAGAAAUCUGUGCUAAGAGAUGAAUCUCUCAGAUCAGGAGGUGCCCUGGAGCAAGUUCGAAAGAGUUACAGCCUGGCCAAUUUGUUAAUGCAUUCAGAAAAUGGAGAUUUGUAUAAUCUAUUGUCACCAGAUGUCUUACCUGAUGCAAACUUUCCAUCAAUGUCUCCUGCAGAUAGUACCAAAAAAAAUAAUCUCUUCAAUUUUGAUUUAAAACAUUUUGAUAGUAAGAAGAAGAAACGAAACAGAGUUAAAAAACAGUCCAGUGAUGGUGUAACUUACAAACACUACAGCCACAACUACCAUGACAGCUUCUAUGACAUCAACCACCAACUACAGCACAGGCAGCAACCUAACAACCUAUCACUUCUUAUGCCAUCUUCAUCGGCCUCCAAUCCAUUCCGGAGUAACUCAGCUGAAAGAAUUGACUUCACUAAUCGUAAGAAGAAGAAAAAACAACCAAAGAGAAAAAGCAUUGAUCAACAGCAGGUUGUCACAAAUGAAGAAUUACAAAUUCUCAAACAAUCUUUUAAUAAAAAUUCUAAAAAUAACAAAAACAAGGCCAAAAAAACUUCUAAAGAUAAGACCACAACAUCUUCAGGUUCCAACUCCAACUCAUCCUCAAAUAUAGAUGACAAAGUUUUGACAAAACCAACAGCAAAAAAUGUCAACGAUGAUACACUGGGCAUCAUAUUAAAACCAUUAUCGCUGGCCUCCAAUCCAUUCUUGAGCACUUAUUCAAAAUCUCUGUCUCAAGAGAAACAAGUGAAAAAGAAAAAAUCCAUCUUAAGGCAUGGUUAUUCAAUGGUUUCAAAGACAAAGAGAUCAAAAUCUAAAGAUAAAAAUAAUAAUUUUCAAAUUAAAAAUAAUAAUAAAGAUGGAGAUAAUGCCGAUGAAAAUAAUGGCGAUUUAAACCAAAAAGAUAAUUUAUGCAAAUUUAUUCAAAGACCUCGUUCUUGCACUUUGGCUCAAUUAGAGAAAAUCCCAAGUUUCUCAAAAAUUCACUCCAACGAUGUAUAUGAAUCGUCAAAUGAUGAAGAAGAUGCACUUGGAAAAGGACUUACUAACAUAUUCAUUCGGUGCAAUGAAAACAGCCUGAGAUGUUCACUCAACAUUCCUAAUAUUUCCAUUCCCAAAAAACACGUUUAUGACUUUAAUAAAAGUUAA